AACAGGGCAUCGGUCGCUGAACAACGAAGCAUCGAAGUGAAGUGAAGCAACCUAACAAUACUGCACCAGCCUCACUCACCUCCACUGACCAGCCGGCGAGAGACAAACAUCCAGCUGCCUCUCCACAUCCACCCUCUUCUCCCUCCCUCAUCUAUCGAUUCACAUGUCCACGUCUCAAACCUCGACAACCUUGCUGAUUUAGGCCACGGAUUUACCCUUUAACUCUGCAUCCAGAGUAACCCAUUUUCUCUGCGCUGAGCGUAUCUUACAGCUCUUAACCCCCCCCCUGCGUGACCUCGUCUGUGGCUCUCGUCUUUCAGCCAAAAAUCGUGUGUUGGGACUCCUCAGCGCAAAUCAUUGCAUCACCCACCAGCACAGCACAGCACAGCACCACUACCACUACCACUACCACUACCACACGCGAUCCACCCGCAACCGCCAACCUUCCUCUCCCUCCCUCCUAACGAUCAUCUCGACUCAUCUCGGACGCUGCCACUCAUUUUCUUGAUAAAUCUGCGAUCUUACCGCCCCGCUCGCCAUGGCUGACGCGCCCAACUCUGGCGAUGAGCUGUACCCUAUCGCCGUCCUUAUUGACGAGCUGAAGCACGAUGAUGUUUUGCUCCGUCUCAACGCCAUCCACCGUCUCUCGACCAUUGCUCUCGCUCUCGGCGCUGAACGAACCCGUGAGGAGCUUAUCCCCUUCCUCGAUGAGUCCGUGGAGGAUGAAGAUGAGGUCCUUGUUGCCCUGAGCGAGGAGCUUGGCGGCUUUGUCGAGUAUGUCGGCGGUUCCCAGUGGGGUCACGUUCUGCUGUCUCCCCUCGAGAACCUCGCUUCUAUCGAGGAGCCCGUCGUUCGCGACAAGGUAAACGAACACGCCGUUUUCUUUAGUCGCCCUUCCUGACACUGACUGUCAAUGCAGGCCGUCGAGUCCCUGAACAAGAUUUGCACCGAGCUUUCUUCUCAACAAGUCGAGGAAUAUUUCAUUCCCCUCACAAUUCGCCUCGCCAAGGGCGAUUGGUUCACAUCAAAGGUUUCGGGAUGCGGCCUCUUCACAACUCCUUAUAACAAAGUCUCCCCACCCGUCCAAGAGCAGCUGCGCCAGCAGUUUGGCCUGCUGGUGCACGAUGAGACACCCAUGGUCCGUCGCCAGGCUGCCACCAAUCUCGCCAAGUUUGUCAAGGAGAUGCCCGCCACCAUCGUUGUCGACGAAAUGAUACCCCUCUUCCAACACCUCGCGCAAGAUGAUCAGGAUAGCGUCCGAUUACUCACAGUCGAGGUUCUCAUCUCUAUUGCCGAAGCCGUUCCCAAGGAGCAACAGGCCAGCCAUGGUGUGUUGCUGACAGCUCUACGCAAUUUGAUAGAGGACAAGAGUUGGAGAGUCCGAUACAUGAUCGCGGAUCGGUUUGAGAAGAUUGCUAAGGCGGUAGACGAGGAGGUUGUUUCUAGAGACCUCGUUCCCGCAUUCGUAAAACUUCUCAAGGACAACGAGGCCGAGGUACGAACCGCUAUUGCUGGCCAGAUUCCCGGCUUCUGUGCUCUUGUGGAUCGUAACGUGCUCCUCAACGACAUCAUGGGCAGCAUUGAGGAUCUUGUCUCGGAUACAUCCCAACAUGUCCGUGCUGCGCUUGGUACCCAGAUCAGUGGCCUGGCUCCUAUCCUUGGAAAGCAAGAAACUAUCGACCACCUUCUCCCCAUGUUCCUCCAGAUGCUUAAGGACGAGUUCCCGGAGGUUAGGCUCCACAUCAUCUCCAAGCUUGAGCUCGUGAACCAAGUCAUUGGUAUCGACCUCCUCUCACAGUCACUUCUUCCCGCAAUUGUACAACUCGCCGAGGAUAAGCAAUGGCGAGUAAGACUUGCGAUUAUCGAGUACAUCCCUCUCCUCGCCAGUCAACUGGGCGUUCAAUUCUUCGAUGAGAAGCUCAGCAAUUUGUGCAUGGGCUGGCUGGGAGAUACCGUUUUCUCUAUCCGUGAAGCCGCUACUCACAAUCUGAAGAAGCUCACUGAGGUCUUUGGUGUUGAGUGGGCAAGCGAAGCUAUCAUCCCCAAGGUUAUGGCUAUGGGUAACCACCCUAACUACCUUUACAGGAUGACCACCUGCUUUGCUAUUUCGACAUUGGCGAGCGUUGUGAGCAUGGAUGUGAUUGCCAAGUCGAUCCUCCCUAUGCUCGACAAGCUGGUCACUGACGAUAUCCCCAACAUCCGUUUCAACGUGGCCAAGACAUACCGCGUCCUCAUCAAUGUGCUUCGACGUCUGCCAGACGAGGGUACCCUGUAUGAUCUGGAGAAGCAGGGCAGUGAGAUCACACCGUCGCCUCGGGGCUCGGAGCUGAUCCAACAACGAGUUGUUCCUAACCUGGAGAAGUUGCAAAAGGACGACGACGUGGAUGUGCGAUAUUUUGCGACGACAGCAGCUGCCGAGAUCUCGGGACCCAUUGCUGGCGGGGAGCCUAUGAAUACAUCGCCAUAGAUGAGAGACGUAAUGAAGCAAUAAUCAUUGUCGAGACAGAUUUUGUCUGCUUUUUGUUUUGUCCCGUCCAUGUCGCUACAGAAAGAGAGAAAGACAAACAGAAGCUAUGAAGUCGUACGUUGCAUAGUAGAAGCUACUAGUUGGAGCUGGACAUUGCUGCGCUGAGUUGAGUCAAGAUGAGAAAGGGGAAUGUUCUGCAAAAUAUGCGAUAAACAAAAGCUUGAUGCGGAGCCUCUGAAAGGGGUAAGGAGACGGACUCAGAUGAAGCUUUGGGAUCACGAAAAUGGGGAGGAGUCCAAGAGGGAUAGUCCAAGCAUUGACACGAGUCCAAAUACCAUUGUAUGAUACAACAAGAGCUCUCAGAGGUGAAUGAUAUUGACUGUUUAGAAUAGGUGCUGGAGCCAGCACAGAGUGAUGAUGGGUAUCUUUUUUUUUUGUUCUUCAAACUACACUGCAUCUAUAUCUUUCAUACCCUGCGGAAGCAGAGCGUACUGAUUGUUUGGCCUUUGUGGCCUCCAAAGCUGAAGGAACGAUAUUCAACUCUGCCAACGACUUGGAACCCUUCUUCGCUGGUCUUUUCGAACCAGCCUCUCAACUCCGUCUCGGUCCAGUUGCAGCUUGUCACCAAGAAGACGCCACCCUUUCGAACAAGGGGUAACACUCGCUCUCGAUAACAUUCACAUAGCCGUCGUCCUUGGGCAUCUUUCUCGUCGCUUAGAGAGAUGGCAUCGAAGGUACCCUUGUCCAGUACCACAUCCCAGCCCUCGGUCUGCUCGCCGUUGAGGACAGGGCUGUAUGGUCCAGCUAUAAGAUCCCACUCUUCGAAUUCGACAGGCUUCUCAAGGUCGUCUUUUGUGGUGGCAAUUUGUCUCGCGAGUGCAAUGCUUUGGGGGCUGUAGUCCACGCCAAGAGCUCGUGCAGACCAAUCCUCUUCGCGCAGGGAGAAGAGAAGAGAACCGUUACCGCAGCCAAGAUCGAGAAAGGUGGUGGUGUCGUGGGAGAGGACAGGCGAGUCUGGGUCAGAGGGGUCAAGCAGACCGUCUAGGAACUCAAGGAUCUUUGCUUCAGCAUCUGAAUCGUCAAACCAAACAGUUCCGAUGUCGGAGGGAUCAGCGGCGUGGUUUGUUAUCUCAUUCGUGUAAAGGUCAUCCCAGCUGUAGGGGCAGAGUGUUAGUCUGCAGUUCGAAAGAGACAGGCGAAGGGAGAUGGUAGGGUACUAUUGUUUUGUGCCAAGCUUUGACGGCUCAAGGUGCUGGGGCUUUUCGUUUGAGGACAUUGUGGAAGAGUUGUUUUGGGCUUCGAGAGGAAUGAAGCUAUCCAGGAUCUUUUGUUCCAUUGACAUUAACAAUGACAAUGAUGGUAUAUUUUGUGGUGGGGGUAUCGAAGAAAUGUCCAAAAGGAGCAGGCGGUGAAGGUGGGGUAAUUCUUCAUGUGCUACCUUACAGGCGCAGGCACCUCAGAAACCUGAAAGUGUAACGUAUAGACUAUAGGAUAGAUUUAGGUAAGGUAGUGUUCAUACACGCCGAGUCAAGGCAUUCAAAAUCCAUCAAACAUGUCACAAAUUCUCUCAGAAGAGUUUUAGUAGUAGGGCAGAACCUGAGAACUAAAGUUCUUGCGGA